AUGACUGACAGCCUUCUCAAGGCAGCACUUCUUUUCUCCCGAGCUGCCACGCGACGUGCGCAGCUCACCGUCACGACGUCUCCCACAAAGCGUCGCAAAGUUUCCCCCGAGCCAGGUCGCAGUAGCCCAGGAGAGGUACGACGUCACGGCCGCUCCGAACCUCCGCAGGUGCCUCCAUUGCCACCGAGAAGCUCCUCUUCGGCCUCAAAUUCACGGAGCAAAAGCUCCUCGCCCUCCCCUCCUCGCUACGUACCGGCUCAUCUCCAAUCCCUCGUCCCAGGAACCCGAUCCCAGCCCGGUGCUCGCUCGCCAACCCCCGCGACUGCGACCGCCGGACUGACCCUCUCCAGUGAACAUUCCGACAUGCCCCCCGAUCCUCAAGCUGGCUCCCCGCGAGCAAAUGGCGAUGGUCGCUCUCCUUCCCCCGGCGAGAAGCGCCCGGCUUCUGAGAUCACCGACCCUGACCCGGAGGGAGGUGUGAGCACAACGGUUGAUGUCCCGGCUACCGAUUCCAUUGAUGACCAAAUCGCCAAGGUGGUUGCGCUUACCAACCAACCUUUAAAGGAUGGACAAAAGGGCUACGUGGUUUCGUCGAGAUGGGUAAAGACGCUGUACGCGCGAAGCACCUCCUACGCCGACAAAGCUGAUAAAGAAUCGAUGGACAAUGAGCUGGGCCCUGUGGAUAACCGCGACAUCGUGCUCGACACCGAUCCGGCCAACAGCAACUUCAAGUACGAGAAUGGAGAGCCCUAUGUUCCCUUGCGCCCGAAUGUGCAGCUCGGCGAGGAUUACGAGAUUGUUCCGCAGGAGGCCUGGGACUUGAUCAUGAAGGAAUAUGGACUCGCAAACCAGUCGCCCACCAUCGUUCGCUUUGCACACAACACCAGCUUGGAUGGCUCCGACAACAUCAUGUAUGAGCUGAACCCGCCAAUUUUCACCAUCUUCAAGUUGGCCAACCCCGCUGCGGGGACUACACCCCAGUCCCUGAAGGAGAAAUCCCUUCCGCCUGCCAAGAUGCUGGCUGGUCGCCAAAGCAGCGUCCAGGGCUGGCUGAAGAGAGCGAAGGAACUCGCGGGCAUCAACAUGUCUACCAAAGUCCGAGUGUGGAAGAUCAUCGGCCAGCUGCCCAGCCUCAACCCGUCGACCGCUACCACUCCCGCCGUGUCCCGCACUGUCUCGCCCGCCCCUCCGUCGGCACUCAUCUCGGCCUCCAGCAGAAAUCUCUUGGUGGAUCUGAACACGUUCAUCGAUCUCAGCGAGGGCACUCAGCGAGAGCUUCUUGAGACCUUCAAGGACCAGACAGCUAACGACAACUACAACGGAAAGAUGUCACUGAGCAUGGCGGGUCUGAUGGGGUCUGAUGUCUUUGUUCUUGAGGAGCAGGUUGGAGCAAAGAGUGGAGAGUGGGUGUCUGCGGUUUCGGCGGAGAAGCUCAAGCGCCUUGGAAUUCCCGUCACCAGACCUAAGAAGGAGAUCACCUCCGUUGCUCCCGCUGCCUCGAAGAGUCAACCAACCAGCGGCCGGACCAGCCCGGUUCAAAGUGAAUUCCCCUUUGCCAAGAAACCUCAUGGCCACAGGAUGGGUCUAACGGGUCUUUCGAACUUGGGCAACACUUGCUAUCAGAAUGCGGCCACUCAGUGCGUUCGGGCUGUGGAAGAGUUGACAUACUACUUCCUCGCCAACCGCCACAAGAAGGAUCUCAAUCCCUCUAACCCUCUCGGAUUCUCUGGACACCUCGCCAAGGCGUAUGCUGGGCUGAUUCAAGGGAUCUACCGCGACCCACCCCCAUCCUCUUUCAACCCUCACAAGUUCCGAAACCAAAUUGGCCGGAAUAACCCGACCAUGGCUGGCUGGGAUCAGCAGGACAGUCAAGAGUUCCUGAUGUUCCUUCUCGAUGGUCUGUCAGAAGACUUGAACCGCAUUCUCAAGAAGCCCUACAUUGAGAAGCCUGACUCUACCGACGAGAUGGUCCAUGACCGCCAAGCUCUGGAGGAUUUUGCUGUUCGAUCUUGGGAUAUCUACAAGGCGCGCAAUGACUCUGUCAUCACUGAUCUGUUUGCCGGCAUGUACAAGUCAACACUGGUUUGCCCUACUUGUGACAAAGUCAGCAUCAUCUUCGAUCCCUUCAGCAGCUUGACUUUGCCCAUUCCGCAGCAGAAAAUCGAAUACCGGCAUGUCGUCUUCCAAGGACUUGAGCAGCGCCCGCAGAGCUUCGUGGUUGAGGUUGAUAAGACAAGUACAAUCGGAGCUUGGAGGGAUACUGUGGCUACCAAGCUGAGUCUCGCGCCAGAUCAGCUUAUUGCGGCUGAAGUCUCUGGCGGCAAUUUCUGGGAAGUCUACACCCGGCAAAAGCUGCCUUUCGAAGAGCUGCACCUCAAGGACAAGGAGGUCAUGACUUUCAUCCAAUUGGAUGCUCCAGCGAAUGAUCGUAUCCUUGUGCCCGUUUUCAGUCGAUGCGAAAUCAAGAACAGGAACCCGAAGGGUCCGGUGAGGUUUGAGACUUUCGCACACCCUACCAUCCUCUCCUUCACCCGCGAGGAAGCCAAAGACAUGGCCACCAUCUAUCGCAAGAUCUUACGUCAUGUCGCGAACAUGACUACACGUGAUAUCUUGGGAGAGGCGGAAUCAAAGACCAAGCAGAAGGCUGAAUCCGAGGAUGCGGCACAGGCUCUUGAAGAUUCCGAUACUGUGGUGAUGAAUGAAGAAGAUGCUCAGUCAGCGGACUCCCGCAUCAAGACCGGUUCAGUUGAGGGCGAUGAUAGCAUUGUGGACAUCUCUAUGGGCGAUGCUUCACAAACCCCCAGUGCAUCGUCACCCCAAGGGAUGGAUACAAGCGAGGACACUCCCGCUCAUCCCCUGGCUGGUGCUUUCCCUCCCGGUCUUCUCAGUCUCUUUGACGUCAGGGUGUUGACUAGUUUCGACAAGAUCCCCAAGGGCCGCCAGAUGCACGGCUACAACUACGAGAACAUCUUGACCCGGCUGCCGCCCCCGAAGAAGGUCUCGAAGAAGUCAUCCAACGCAUCGGAUGAUGAAAGCAACGAGGACUCCCCGUCCGACGAGCCCGACCAUGAGACUGCCGAGCUGAACUCAUCGACGCCACUGCUCAAGCAGUCCGAAGCAAUCCUCCUGGACUGGAAUGAGGACGCCAAGGAUGCCCUCUUUGGCAAGUCAGGACCCGAGGACGAUCUGCGUGGCGCGGCCACUUGUGAUGAUAUUCCAUUCAUCCAAGACCAGGCCUUGAUCGACCGCCGUGCGCAACGUGACGCGCGAGCCAAUCAAGGCGUCACACUUGAUCAGUGCCUCGAUGAGUUCAGCCGCGAAGAGACACUGUCGCAGGAUGACGCGUGGUACUGCCCACGCUGCAAGGAGCAUCGCCAAGCUCGCAAGAAGUUCGAGCUGUGGUCGACCCCCGACAUCCUGGUCAUUCACCUAAAACGGUUUAUGACCCAGUCGCGCUUUUCGCGGGCCAAGCUGGGCACCAAGGUCGAAUUCCCGGUGGAUAAUCUCGACCUGUCCAGCUGGGUCUCGGGUCCCGCAGGGGAUAAGUCUCUGGUCUACGACCUGAUCGGCGUGGACAACCACUCGGGCAGCAUGGCGGGCGGCCACUAUACCGCCUACGCCAAAAACUUCAUCACCGACGACUGGUGCAGUUUCAACGAUUCGUCGGCGACUGUGCUUGGGGAUUUGAACCGGAUGCAAUCGUCCCAAGCAUACCUCCUGUUCUACCGCCGCCGCUCGGACCAGCCUCUGGGUGGCCCCGUUCUUCAGAACAUCGUCAACAAGUUCAAGAACGGUGAUAAGGACAGCACGGCGGAGAACUCGCGGGCUCCCUCUCCGUCGGGGGACGGCAUGCGCCUCGGCGGCUCAUUCCCCAAUGGGCCGUCGAGCGCAUCAGCCGGAGCCGGAGUAGCUCGCCGAGCGGGCGGUGGUGGUUCGGGGGCCGCGACUCCGGACACGAAGUCGAGUGAUGAUGAGAACGAGGAGGAGUCGCACAAUCCCCUCGACGAUAUGUUCUCUGCGCCCUCGUGGUCAUUUGAACGUGCCGGCGGUUCCCUUGGUCUCGGCGCCUUGACCUCCGUUCGUCCGGCGUCCCCUGAUGAAGACAAUGAUCUUUUCGGUGACAAUGACAGCAACAUGGCGGUCAAUGAAGACUCCGAUGUUGAGACCCGUCUCCGUGGCCUUGAUAAUUCGCGGCCAGUCUCGGAGCAUGAGGGCUCCUUCGAGGAUGUCCCGCCUCUGCUGGAUGAUGGUUCGGAUGAGGAGUUGCCCGUUGUGGAGUUGCGUGUGGACACCGAUGAGAAGAUGCAUUCCGAUAUCUGA